UGUGGACACAUCCGGGUACAUACAACUGCAGAUUUAGACCAUGUACGUGACUGUAUCUCAGCCCGUUCUGUGCUCAUCAGUUUGGAACAGUGUGAUGAAGUGGAUCAGGGGCGUGCAUUAAAAGUUGCAUUUGCCAAGCUGAAAGAGAUUCACGGGAGUCUUCAUAUCAUUAACUCCGAUAUUCUUUCCGCAUUGUCGUUUCUGACCAAUCUGCGAGUGAUUCACGGGACCAAAGCAAACCAGUCGGACACGUCUGGAACGAGCCUCGAGGUGGCUUGGAACGGCCAGUUGAAUCGUCUUUGGGGCUCGAAUUCGCACAUGGUAGGAGAACGGGGUAAAUUACGGAUAAUGUCAGGCCGAUUGGUGUUCUCGUUGAAUCGGAACUUGUGCCCAGCUGAGAUUCAUCGCUUUAUCCAGUCCCACAUCCAAAUGACUCGAAAUUUGACCAAUCUCGAACUGAACUUGAUCGAUCGAUCAAACGGGGAUGUGGCUUUAUCACCGCCAAACCCGAUCGGAUUCCGUGCGACCGCGUUGAGCUCCAGUGAUAUACGUCUGCAAUGGUCUGACGCAGAGCAUACGAAUGGCCCCUUGGUAGAAGUUCUUGUGUGGCAUGCCCCAGUACCUGAAACCGUAGUCGUGGCACAUGAAGAUAGUGUGUCGUGUGGCCAAAUGUCCCUUGGUCCGGUCAACUCGAUCGAACCGUUGGAAACAGUUAAACAAUUGAGCACAGUCCAUCGUCCAACGCCGUCGUGUACAUUUUGUGCGGUAAAGUGUAGAUCAAACGUAUCUGAUGAAACGUCGGUUCGUGCUCCAGACUAUUCGCAUAAGUCGAAAGAAUUGGAGGCUGGACGAUGGAAACAACUUGAAUCCAUCUUGUUUGAAGAUCGUCUCCAAAACUUAUUGCUUUCUCCCCGCGGUCCCAACACUUUGUCUCGGCGAGCUACUCGUUCACUUCCGUUGGCGUCUGAUGCAACGGCUUCAUGGCUGAAAGGAGCUCAUCUGAUUGUCGUGCCACGUACGCCUAAUACCGAUACUCCGUCCGUUUCCGGCUCAUCUCAUCACGUUAUGGUUCAUAAUUUACGACAUUUCACCGCCUAUUCAUUCCGUUUGCUCGCCUGUCACCGUCCGCACGACACAAAAGGCCAAGCGCUAAAAAUCGUACGUUUUAGGCAUUAA